CUGCGGCGGUCCGACUGCGAGAGCAGCGCAGCGGCGGCGGCGCGGGGCUGCAGUGGGCGUCCCGCGGCCGAGACCAUGGCUGGAGGCAAAGCUGGAAAAGACAGCGGGAAGGCCAAGGCUAAGGCAGUGUCUCGCUCACAGAGAGCUGGGCUCCAGUUUCCUGUGGGCUGCAUCCACAGACACUUGAAGACUCGCACCACAAGCCAUGGACGGGUGGGCGCCACUGCUGCUGUGUACAGUGCUGCAAUUCUGGAGUACCUCACAGCUGAGGUGUUGGAGUUGGCAGGUAAUGCUUCUAAAGAUCUCAAAGUAAAGCGCAUCACCCCACGUCACUUACAGCUUGCAAUCCGAGGUGACGAAGAGUUGGAUUCACUGAUCAAGGCUACCAUAGCCGGGGGCGGUGUGAUUCCGCACAUCCACAAGUCUCUGAUCGGAAAGAAGGGGCAGCAGAAAACUGCUUAGGACGUGAGUCACUGACCUGCUGUCCUCACUGUGUGUGACUGGGCAGAAGGUACCAGUCGGUGUGUGGGAAAGCAUAGACAAUUGCUGUAGACAGAAGACACAUUUGUAUGUUUUUAGACUCUCGAAGUUUGAUAAACUCCUUUCCCUGUGGUCAGUCAUGUGUUGACUGGC